GCGUAACGCGCCCUCUGGUGAGAGAACGUUCACUGUAAAAAUUUGAUCCCCGUAAAAUUUGCUAUAUGUCCUAUGACAAGAUUUGUUUCAAGCGAUAUCAUUUCAACUUUUGUUUGUUUGUACUGUUCGACUGUUUUAAGGGCGGAUACUUUUCUGAAGAUCGCUUUACUUGAUGCACCCCUCGUAUUCUACUGUUCUAAUACGGUGUCCGACACACUGACAGUAGUUUUAAACGCCGUACAAAGCCAUCCAAAAGGGCUAUUGAUCGAUAAAAUAGGAAAAUAACCUCAAACACAGACUUUAUUGCAUAUAAUUUCACGUCUCAAGCGAGAUCCGAACAAUUUAAUAAUGUUAAAUUAACAUUUUCUGACACAUCAUACCGUGACAAAAUGGAUAUUUCGCCAGAAAGUUAUGUAUGAAUUAAUCAUCAUCGGUUUGUUUACAUACGAGGACGCGAUAAGAGCAGAACAUCAAGGACAUACAUUUAUUCAACGAAUAUUGUUUAAUGUAACAGGACAUUGAAAAGAACAGCAUGGACAUACUGGGCAUUGUGGACAUCAAUGGCUGGAUUUUACUCAUUGUUUUUCUACUGCUUGCUGUUUACCUACACUUAAAAUGGAAGUUUGAGUUCUGGCAUCGUCUGGGAGUUCCUUGUCCGAGUUAUGUCCCUUACAUCGGGUCGAUAAUGGAGAUCCGGAAAAUGGGAAUGUAUGGAUUAGACACGAAGCAAGUGAAGACUUACGGCAAAGUUGUUGGAACCUAUAUGGGAGGUUCCCCAUCCCUCCUGAUAGCAGACCCGGAUAUCAUAAAGACCAUAUUGGUGAAAGACUUUUCCAAGGCUCCAAACAGAUAUGAAAUAUUUAAGAAUAAAAGUGAAUUGCAAUAUGGCUUGACCAUUGUGGAAGAUGACCAUUGGAAAUUUAUGAGAAACACACUUCUACCGACGUUUUCAAGUGGAAAAAUGAGAAAAAUGGAUUUACUACUAAGGACAAAGUACGAAUUGUUAUUGAAGAUUUUGAAAAGAGAAGCCGAUGAAGGAAAUACUAUAGACUUUAAAGAGGUGUUCGGUAGAUACACCAUGGAUGUUACAGCUUCACUUGGAUUUGGGAUGGACACUGAUUCUCAAACAAACCCUGAUAAUACAUUUGUGAAAUAUGCCAAAGAACUGUUCAGUUUUAGAUUUACUCCUCUAAUGUUUUUCAUAAUAAUGUUUCCAAAGUUAGACGUGAUAUUGAAUUACUUCAACGUAUCUCCAUUGAAUAAUCGAAGACUCAUGAACUUUUUCAAAUCGGCUGUCCAUCAGGCCAUUGAAAUGAGAGAUGAAGGAGAUAAGAAGAGAAAUGAUUUGCUACAACUGAUGCUAAAUGCCCACAAGGACACGGAUAAAAACGAGAUAGAGGAUGAACACAGCUACGAAGGAGACCCUCAAAAGUGGAAAAAACGAGGCUUGACUGAGGACGAAGUGACUGGGAAUGCGAUCCUAUUUCUCCUUGCGGGUUAUGACACGACAGCCAGCACUAUGACAUUUAUGUCGUACUGUUUGGCAACCAAUCCAGAAAUCCAGAAAAAACUUAUUGACGAAAUUGACUCUGUUUUAGGAAAAGAGCUGCCUACAUAUGACAAUGUAUUGAAGGUUGACUACCUGGACUGGGUAUUCAGUGAGACACUGAGACUGUAUCCCCCCGCUAUAAGAACUAAUCGAAAAAGCAAGACGGAUAUGGAUAUAGCAGGUUAUAAGAUCCCUAAAGACAUUGACCUCACGUUUGCAAUUUAUCCGGUACACAGAGAUCCUGAAUACUGGACAGACCCCGACAAAUUUGACCCAGAAAGAUUUUCUCCUGAAAACAAAGCUAACCGUCAUCCGUACGCCUACCUUCCGUUUGGUCACGGACCCAGGAACUGUAUAGGACAACGUCUUGCCGCCAUGGAGGCUAAAUGUGCCAUUGCGUACAUACUACAACACUAUCGUUUUGUUACUUGUGACGAAACUGAGGUACCUUUACAGCUGAGUAAAAAAUUCUUCUUAAAAGCUCUUAAUGGAGUCAAGCUGAAACUGGAGGAAAGAUUUUCACAGUGAAAAAGAAACCACGUCACUAUUUGUAACUUAACAGUAAACCAUGAUGUUUUUGUAUAAUUUUGAAAAUAAUAUUUCUGUGUAGCAGUUAUUAAUUAAUAUCAUUAUAGUUUGUUGGAAUCCCCAUCGGCAGGAAUUGUGCUCUUUUAUCAACUGACCAUUCAUAUAUUCUCAUGUGGCGGAAAAUAUUCAAAAGCUUCUGCAAUAGAAGAAAAUAGCUUUUGCUGUGGUCUUCAACUCAACAUUCAGCUAUAUCGACAACAUUUUAUCUAUUAAAAUAUUAGUUUUCA